AUGAAGGGCGGCAGCCCAGGCCCUUGGCUCUGUUGGCUGAGUUUUGGCUUCGCCUCAGUGGCCGAUUGGCCGACGUACCUGGAAGGACCUGGAAACCAGAUCCCCUCCUACUUCAACUUCGAUUGCGUGGGUCUGACCCAGACCUUCCAGUGGGAUCUUCUUCAUUUGAGUUGGGAGAAUCAGGACAAUGGAACGCUUGUUUGGUGGCAGUUUGAGGAUGCUUGGAGAAUGCAGGGUCGCGUCGGAGCGGAACGAGUUUUGUGGGAGGCUGAAACAGAGUGCCCGAUUGGAGUCUUGCACCUGCUUUUGCUGGAAACCAUGUCCUUGAUGGACAUGCAUGAGGAAGCGGCUGGGAGAGUGGAGUCAGUGGAGCUUCCUAGUGGGGAGUAUCUGGAGGCUCUUUACGGCCCGGAUAGCUUCGAUCAAUCUCCAGUGGAUGCUGCACAACUCUGUUUCCUGAGAGAGCACUUUCAAGAUCUUCUUGGCCGCGUCUCCUGGUACUUAGUGGCUUUGAGUCGCUGGCAGGUGUUCGAGGUGAUGUACAGACACUUCGCCCUCCUCGUGUCCAGGUGGAGGGCGUUGAAGGCGCACUGCAUGUUGGGCUGGGAGACAAAGGCAACUUCCUGCUGCAGCGCCGAUAAUCAGCAGGAGGACCCAGUGGCGUGGCCGGAGCUGCGGGAAGCGAUGCUUACAUUCGUCGCGGGCCUCGGCCCUGAGAAGAGCCUGCCAGCUGAAACACAGCUAAGCACCCUGGGAAACCUUGUCCUGGGACGUCCAAGCGGCGAGUUCGAAUUAUUGAAGCAAGAAUGUCCAUGCGGAGUGUUGUCAGCCUCACAAUACCUUGCAUACGCCUCGAUUUUUCAGUACACGAGAAGAUUUGAGGAUGUGGCAGCUCUCAUACAGGAGCUACUCGUGUUCACACCUCUGGAACAUUUUGGUGAUCCGGCAGAUUGGCCAGUGAUACAGAUGUUUCGAAUUAUCGCAGACGUCGGAGUUGGACGCUUCAUCCAAUACGACCAAUACUCCAAACGAAAAGGGCGCUUCACGGACCUUUCGCCGGAAGUUAAGGCCGCUUUGAAUCCCUUCGGCUCUUCCGACGAAGCCAGACGUUUCGUGCCUUUUUUUCAUCGAACCCUGACUUGA